AUGCGCGUCGCUCCCGCCCGUCCGUCCGCGCCCGCGCGAUGCGCUCGCGAGCGCAGGCGCGUCCAAGGCGCCCACGCGCGCGCGCAUCGACCCGCGCGCGCGUGCGAGAAGGACGUUGCGCGUGAUGUCUCUCGCGUGUUCCUCUUCGGCUUCGCCGCGCACGAGAUCCCGCGCGCGCGUGAGCUCGUCGACGCGCUCACGGCGGCGAUCGCGGACAGCGGCGCGGACGUCGGUCGGGUAGACGUCGUCGGCGUCGGCGCGAGCGAGGGCGCGAUGAGCGCGAGAGAGCUCGGAGGGCUGCGCGCGUCGGGCGCGCGCGCGGACCCGGAGGGCGACGGAACGCGGGUGGUCUUGCUCGAUGGUGCGAGCGCGCGGGCGUUGAUGCCGGAUUUGAAGAUGGAAAUGAGUGAAGAGGGGUUUGAGGCAUCGGUGUUCGGGGUGUUCACGGAGACGACGCGGGAGGGUGAGCUCGAGAAGGCGGCGGCGAGCGUGGUUGAAGCGCACGAGCGGUACUGGAACCUGCGACCGACGACGGCGGCGGACUCGUACGACGUCGAACGAGACGUGAACUUUGAGUACGAAGGAGAGACCGAUGAGUGGGAUCUCGCACGGGUGACUACGGCUAUGGCGGUGUCGAUGGAUCGCGCGGACGUUUUAGACACGGCGUCCAUGCGACGGGGCGAGGAACGCUUACGAAGCGACGCCUCGAACGUCGUCGCUGUGGACGGGGUCGUGGGUGAGCCGCUGCGGCAAGCGCUCCUAGACGCGCUCACGGAGGUCGGGUACGACCACUAUGAAGAGCCUGGACCGCCGGAGAGCAAGUGGAACCGCGAGACACGAGAUGGGUUGGAAGGUGACGACGGCAAGUCGCCGCCCGCGAGCUGGGGUCUAACCUCGGAAACGCUCAGCGAGGUGAUGAAGUCUGACGCCGUGCGCACGUUCCGCGCGCGUCUUGCGGCGAUGUAUCCAGAGUAUGAUAUUCGCACGAUGCCAAGCGACACGCUUGAGCCCGACGGUAUUCCUGGAUCGUGGGGCGGCUCGAGCAUUUGUUCCGCCAUUGGGAACGCCGCAGUGUACGGUGAUAUGUUCAACUGGCACAUCGAUAUGGAUCCGAGUCAGCUCGAUCCAUCCGCGCCGUGGGUCGAGCGCUUCGGAUCUUACGUGAACCGCGAGCGAGGCCGCCCGCUCUUCGUAAGCGCUAUGGUGUACCUCAAUCCGGGUCCUUGGCCCGCCGCCUUCGACGCAGAGACGUUGUUCCUCGAUCCGGGCACUGGUACGGGCGUCUUCGUUCGCCCACAGCCCGGUCGUGUGGUGAUCAUGGAUCAGGACAUUGUCCACCGCGUAUCGACGCCGAGUCAAAUCGCGGGAUUGCCUCGCUACUCCCUCGUCCUAAAGCUUUGCUUCUUCCCCAAGCGCACGGACGAAGCACAAACGAUGACAAUCAUUCGUGAGGAAUGGGGCGCCAAGACGUGUCGCUUCGGCACCGCCGCCGGUCACGUCGGUGGCGAUGAAACGUUCCUCGAUGACGACGAGUGCGACCCCUCGCUCGAGGAGUGCGACCUCCUCGCCCUCGGGAUUAACCCCGAGGACUACUAUUUAUCAUCCCAGGAUUACGACGAUGAUGACGGCAAUAACGACGAGUAG